AAGGUGGUUGAUUCUUAGUUGUUCACGGUGACAUUCGAGCCCGCGUGCGGCGGCGUCGUCCUAAUGAUGGAAGUGUUGAGAACCUGUGGGCGUGUUUGCAGUCGUCCUCAUUACGUUCGCUCCCUCAUCCGCUUCAGCAGCGAACCCAUCGGUCAUAGCUGGAAAGAUGGCGGCCGGUUCAGGGGCCGCGAGCGGGCACGUCGCCCGCAACGCCAACGUUGGCCUGGAAGCGUCUUUAGACCGACGGUUUCAAGGAGUAUCCAACACCAUGGAAUCCAUACAGGGACUAGCAAACUGGUGCAUUGAAAACAAAAAGCACCACGGCCUAAUCGUCCGCCACUGGAUGAAGUGCCUCAAGAAAUCUGACAGCAAUCACCGCUUGAAUCUCUUUUACGUCGCCAACGAUGUGAUACAGAACUGCAAGAGAAAGAACGCCAUCGUCUUUCGUUCAGCGUUUGCAGAAGUCCUUCCGAAUGCUGCCCAGUUUAUCAGAGAUGGAAAAGUCCGCAAGUCAGUGGAAAGGAUUUUCACAAUUUGGGAGGAGAGGAGCGUGUAUCCCGAGGAGGUCAUUUCUCAGUUUAAAGCUGGCAUCAACAAAAAGGAAAAGGAGCGCGAGAAGCAGAAGGAGAGGGAGAAGCAGAAGGAGAAGGAAAAGCAGAAAGAAAAGGAGAAGCAGAAGGAGAAAGAGAAGCAGAAAGAAAAGGAGAAAGAAAAGGAGACUCUCCUGGCAACCGCCCCAGCCAACACCAAAGCGGCCCUCAAGUCUAAGAUUGUUGCAGAGUUCACUCCCCACUCGCUCAUCGAGCAGUUGUCGAGAUAUAAGCAGGCCGUCGCAGAGGAGGACUUCAGGGAGAAGCAGCUGGAAGCUCUCAGGGUGGAUGUCUGCAGCACGGAGGCUCUUAAGAGACUUAAAGACAAGGCAGAAGGGAACAAGUUUGCAAAGGACUUUGAGGAUGGCAGCUUGAAGUUGCAGGAGUUUGUCGUCUUCAUGGAGAAAGAGUUGAAAACGGGGCCUCCUCUGCUGGAAGCUUUGGGAAAUGCUGACAUUUUCUACGAGAUGCAGUACAAGGAGGUUAAAAUCGUGGCAAAUGCGUACAACGCCUUCGCCAACCGCGUGGCCAGCCUCAAAAGAAAAUUAGAUUCCCUCAAGUCGACUCUACCAGGACCCGAGGACUCCCCCAUUCCCUCCCCCUCCGAAGACGCCCCCUCUCCCACCGGCUCCGACUCCCCCUACCUGGGACUGGGGUCCAGCAGAGCCCAGGUGGAUCCAGAGCUGGAUGGCAAGGCCAUGGAUGAAGCAGACAUGCCCACUGACAACAGACACACGGAGGACAUGGAUAUGUCCGACGAGGAGGCCGGCGCUGCCGCAGCGGGGGCAGAUGACAUGAAGGACAAGGCGCCCACUGCUGUUCCCAAGUCCGACGUGGUGUCCAAGGUUCCCACCACGCCUACGAAAGCUCCCAUGGCCAACACCACUGCCGUUGCCACGGCGACGCCAGUGACGCCGACCCCUCCGGCGGCUCAAAGCACCCUGGUUGCACCAAAGGGAGUGAAUCUGGAGAAGGUGGACCUGGGAAAGAUCAGCUCCAUUCUCAGCUCGCUCACAACUGCCAUGAAGAACACAGCAGCCACCCCGUCACCUCGACCGUCCCCGGGGACGCCGACCACUCCGGGCCAAGCAGCAGCCUCUAAAGCCACGUCUUCAAGCCCUCACCUGGCAAAUUUCUUGUCCCGUGUGGAUAUCACACCCGAAGGCAUUCUAAAUGCUUUAUCUAAAACAAACAAACCAGUUUUGUCUUCUCUCCUGCUGCACAGUGUGACCAGCGGCAACUCUGCUCCUCCCACCCAAACCUCCCCAGAAUCCUCAACCAUUAAAACCCCGCUCACCCCAACCACCCCAAAAACCAAACCCCCUCCGGGGAACAGCCUGAAACGAGACACACCUGGGAAAACAAGAGACUGGGAGAAAGCAAGGCAGCUGUCCCCUCCUCCACCUCCGCCGCCUCCUCGCCUCUCGGCUCCUUCUGUUUCUUCCCCCAGCCUAGAGUCAAAAAUCAACAGUUUCCUGCAGGGUAAUCCGGGCUUUAGUCUGGCUCUGGGCGAUGUCAGUCCCGAUGGGGUGGAUGGGACCCCGGUGAGAGACGAAGCCGCCGGCACCCCCACCCAGGACGAGAUCAUGGACACACCCAGUGUGCCAGAAUCUUCAGGGUCGUCCGCAGGUCAUAACCUCUCGCCCACCGCCUACCGCAGUGAACCCUGGGAUGCCGUGAUCACCCCGUCGGGAAGCGGCAGCAAUGGAGACUUGCGCGGCUCCUCCGCGUCUUCGCGGUACGGAGCAGGAAAAAAGAAGGACGAUGAAGGGGUGAACGUGAGGAAGCGGGUAUCCUCUUCCCCCAGUGGCGACAUGAAGGGUAAGAAAGGACAACACGGUCAGUCAAGGGUGACGGGCAACAGCAGAGGAAUCGGAGAAAGAAAACCUUCUGCGGGCUCUCGUAAGGCCAGCAGUGGCUCCGAUGACGGAGGUCUGAGUGGGAAAAGGGAGGGGAAAGCUGAACAGGCUGCGGGUGGGGAUGAGAGGGACGGACUGUACCAUCGCAUUGAGACGCUGGUGUCUCCCUACGCCGAAGGGGCCCCCAUCCAAACUCUAGGCUACUCGAACCGCCCGCUCGCCGGAGAGCGCAUCAAGACGGUGGAGAGCAUCCGCGUGAUUGGCCGAGGUUCACGCCGAGGGGGAGGGGCCGGCAGUCGGCCAGGGGGAGCGAUGUGGUACGAAGAGGAGGAAUACAUGGAAGCGCAGCCUCCAUCAACCCACGCUAUCCCCUCUCCUCUAAACAUUGGCAACAAGGACAUGUCCCCCUCCAUGUCUCUGCCUCCGCCGCAUCUCCUCCUCCCACAUCUCCACCCUCCUCCGCCCCAUCCUCACGCACACCCUCCGCCCCAAUCUCCUUUCCAAAUGCCCUACCACACGGAUAACCUCCAAACUCCUCCCCCAUCACUCCUCCACCAGCAUCCUCCUCCGCCUUCCCAUUUCUUUGGCCCCCCCCCACCUAUCCCGAGACCUCCACCGCCUCCAGGUCCCCAGCGUCGUUCCCCUCCACCCACUCACCAUUCGGUGCCCACCGCCGUCAUGGUUGGGGGAGUGUUGGUCCCCGUCGAUCGACCCCUUUUGCUCCCUCUCUCUCUCAGACCUGAGGGUGUAGAUCGCAGCAGAGGAGGGCCCGGAGGAAGUAAAAUGGGCCCUCCACCCCUCAUGGGGUCGUUGCUAGGCGAGCCCCCUAGGUUGCCCCGCUCUGGCACAGUUAAAGAGCCUUUCGCCCCCCGCCAUGCGCUCCCUCUCCACCGCCCAGGUACCCCCGGUGGCCCCCAACCGCUGCUGGGCAGAGUGAAGGAGCCUCUAAAUCUGCCUCUUCUGCCCCGGUCUCCAACGCCCUCCACGCCCUCCCCCUCCACGCCCAAUUCCCCCGCCAUCGACACUCUCCCUGCCAAGUCCGCUUCCCUCCAAAAGCCCCCCCCAAGUCCUCCCGCUCAGCCUCGCGAUCAAACCUCUCACCCCGUCCCCUUACUCAACUUGCCCAGUCCUCGCCCCCCCAUCCUCUCCGGCCCUCCCCCACAGAGACCUCUGCUGCGGGGCCGAACGCCCUCUCAGCAGUUUAACCAAGAACGACCCAUGGGCGGAUUCCGGGGGGGCAAGCGCUCCGGUCCUCCGUUCACAGGCGGUCCCUUCCAUUCGCAGAAGAGACCCUUCCUGCCCCCGCGCUACUGAAGUGGUCGUCUUGACACGCGCUGAAUGAGCAGUUGACGCGCCCUGCCCUGCAGUGCAGAGUGUGUGUUAGCCCUGCUGGUAUGAGCCCAGAUAUCUUUUCUGCUAAUUAGCUUGAAUUAAAUCUUAGGUCGUGUGUAAGUAGUGGAUUAAAUCUCUCGUGCUUCAGCUAGUCAGCCUUCAUCAUCUUGCACAGUGCAGCGAUGGGGAUAUCAGUUAGUUGUGUGACAACCCUCAAUCUGUCCCAUUUUAAUCAAACCUCUUUUCUAACUAGCAAAUUCAGAUUCAAUUAGAAAUAUUCUUCAUUUAGAGGUGGACCAUUUGUGUGAAUGUUGGGUUUCUUAACCUGGAGAGUGAGCAGCAGAGUGAAGGAGCGGUGUACACAGCAGAGAAAGAAGCAAUAUUUUCACAUCUUGGGAAACUAGCUUAUUCGCUUUUUUUGUGUUGUGAUGAGGAUCUGAAUAGAAGUCUCGUACAUGUGCUAAAUAAGAAGCCACAGCUUGUUAGCUAAGUAUAAAGGCAGGAAAUCCCUCUACAGUUGACUUGUUAGCAUGUGGUAUAUUGUUGUUUGAUCACUAUCACUAAGUGUAAGUGUAAAAAUGACAUGUUCUUAAACAGGAGAUUAAUAUCAUUAUAUCAGGCAAAUGUAGCCCUCACAACACCACCAAGUAUCUUGUUAGCUUUACACAGAACCAGGCUAGCCGUCUGACCAUUUCCCCAGUCUUUAUAAUAAGCUAAAUGGUGUGUACACAACAUAUUUAACAGACUGAUAUCUCAUCUAACUGUGAAGAAAAUUCCCCAAAUGUCAAAUUAUGCCUUUCAAAUUGUUAGAACUCCAAAGUGUGUGUGUGUGCGUGUGUGUGUGUGUGUGUGUGUCCUUACAUGGCAUUUCUCAUUUGAAGUGAUGAGUGUUGUGGCCGAACUCAACAUCUUAUCUCCUGCUGUAAAUAAUAUUCUUCUCUUACUCAGCCGUUUUCAGGUUCCCUUUCCUCCCGCUGUAUAUUUCUAAGCUUGUAAAUAUAAAAACUGAGAGGAAACAGCUUUUUUUUUUCACACUCUCUCUAAUGAGGACAAACUUGGUCAACCUAGCACCCCGUCUUUACUGUGAUUGAGGCCUUGGAUAAUCUUUAGCUCCAGAAGAAUUUCUCUGCCGCGUCGCACCUUUCUGUCCUCCUUUUGAAGCCGCCACGCUGAAGAGGAGGCUGAAGAUCAUUGUGUAUUCUCAUUUCCAACAUAAAUGUCUGCCUGCCUGCGUGCUUUCAGUUAGACGGAAUCGUGACGAUUCUCUGUAGUGGACGGCAGGUGAGAAGGGGGGAGGGGGGGGUUGAUUUCAGUUUUACAGCCACACAUUUUAAUAGGCUUUAACAUGUACUGACUUUAAUAAAAUCCAGUUUCAAUACAACUGGGGGGGAAGGGAGUGGGUGAAGAGGCAUUUUAUUUGGUCACUAAAUAUCAUUUGAAUUGCGCUGUUGAGCUGAUUUUUAUGCCUGUUUUCAGAAAAAAAUAUUAUCAUAAAUGACGCAGCUGUCAUCUUCAUUAUGCAUUAACAUUUAAUGCCUUUUGUUGUUUUUGCGCUGUAUUUUUAUGCGAGACAGAAUUGGCAAUUUCCCAUUUGCAGCAGCAAUCACAUGGUAUCGGGGGGGGGGGGG